AAGGGGGGGGCGGAAGCGGGUGCGCGCGCCUCCUUCCUGCCCCCACCGUGUCGGAGUCUCCGGUAUCAUGGCGGCGCCCGCGCCCGCGCCCCCGCCGCGGCCCGUCACCCACCUCAUCUUUGACAUGGACGGCCUGCUUCUGGAUACCGAGCGGCUCUAUUCAGUGGUGUUUCAAGAAAUCUGCGGUCGCUAUGGGAAGGAAUACAGCUGGGAUGUGAAGUCGCUGGUGAUGGGUAAAAAGGCCUUAGAAGCUGCUCAGAUCAUAAUAGACGUCCUGCAGCUCCCCAUGACCAAAGAGGAGCUGGUGGAGGAGAGCCAGAGGAAGUUACAGGAGCUGUUCCCCACUGCUGCCCUUAUGCCAGGUGUGGAAACACUCAUCCACCACCUGCGCAAGCACGGCAUCCCCUUCGCCGUGGCCACCAGCUCCGGGACCGCGUCCUUCGCGAUGAAGACCAGCCGGCACAAGGAGUUCUUCCGUCUGUUCAGCCACAUCGUGCUGGGAGACGAUCCCGAGGUGAAGAGCGGGAAGCCCGCCCCCGACAUCUUCCUGGCCUGUGCCAAGCGUUUCUCUCCCCCGCCGCGCCCGGAACAGUGCCUCGUCUUUGAAGAUGCUCCCAAUGGGGUGGAGGCGGCCCUGGCAGCGGGGAUGCAGGUCGUCAUGGUUCCCGAUGAAAACCUGAGCCGCGACUUGACGAUCAAGGCCACCGUGGUGCUGAGCUCCCUGCAGGACCUGCAGCCCGAGUUGUUCGGUCUGCCUGCCUACGAGUGAUGGUCCAGGCCACGGGCGCGGCCCACACUGCUGAGGGAGGGCGGCCAGAGCUGAGGCUCCCAGGCCCCCUGCAGCCCUCCUCAUGCCUUCCAGCGCAGCCCUGGGCCACUCCGUCACCAGCCUUGGGCAUCCACUUGACAGCUGAGGGAAGACCAAUAGAAGAAGCCCAAGCCAAGACUAGCUUUGCCCUCUCAGUCUGUGAACUGGAAGCUGAUGCUGUUUGUGGAAGGGGAUGUACAUGCACACGUGUGUAUGCCCCGGCAUGAUGUGUGUGUGUGUGUGCUGUACACAUAAGUAUGUAUAUGUGUGGAUGCAUAUUUAUAUGUAAGGGAUGUACUUCUCCAAGACACUGGCAUUAUAUUUUUGUUCAUUUCUUUUGCAUCUUAGAUUUUCUGAACAUCAGCACCUGCAAUGUAAAUUCUGUAUACAUAGAUGUGUAUGCUUUCAUGUGUGAAUGCAUGUGUGCAUAUACAUGAUAUCUAUAUAGAUAUAGCUAUAUAGAUAUAUGUGGUCUAAAUGGAUGGAUGGAUAGAUAGAUAGAUAGAUAAUCAUACACUGCUUCCCAAUUGAGAAGGUAAUCUCUUGACUUUGUAACCCAAGUGGGGAAAGCCUUGAUACUGAUGAACCUUAGGAAAUGAUUCUCCAAACUUGCUAGUCUUAAGUUAAUUUCUGUCCCCUCAAAACAUCUCUUUGGACCUUUCCUCAGUGACACACCUUGAACUGUGUAUCAUCAGUUGCUGUACUCUGAACGUGUGUGUAGCGUGCGUCUGGUAUUUAUAUCCUUAUUCACAUUGAACAUUUUCUACCUCAGCAAAUGUUCUCUCUCUUUUAAGAAUGCUCAUUUUUUUUUUUACCUUUUUUUAAAAAAUAGGUUUUUUUCAAAUUGCUACUUGAACAGAGAUCCACAGUACAUUUUGGUCAUAAUCAGCCAUCACAUACUUGGGAUCUGCUCCUUGUGUAGAUUUACUGUGCCUUGGAAAUUGAGUUAUCAUUUAUCAGAAGUUACUUCAGUCUUCAAUGGUGAAAAAGGAGUGUACUUCAAAUGCCUUGUUACGCCCUUCCAGGGGGUCUGACAUUUAUUGUUACUUUUCAGCUCCGUGAAGGUAAUAAUACAGGUGUUCGUGUGGUGGCGUGACUCUGGGUUCACCUAAGUGUCGGCCAGUUCUGCCUAAAUCUGUGAAGUCCACGAGAGCAUUCCCUAAGUGGAAUGCUUCUUUUUCUCCAUUCCUUGAAUUCCCCUCCAAACCAGCUGUAACACCCUGGUGGUUCCCUCACAUGUUAAUUUCGUUGAAUAAAGUCCUUUGCACACAUUCAUAAA